GGUUUCCGGAGCCUUUUGACGUGAUCCGACUGGCGCGUGCACAUCGAUUUUCGCGACUUCACUGGACGCAGGAAAACGAUUCGCUUGUUUUUGGAAGUUGGGUUUUUUUUGUUCACAGGUUCUUCAUUUAACGCCGCACGUCUGUUAUUUUACGGUGUUUUGUCGCGCUUGUCCUCGCGGUAGCUAACGUUAGCCGCGUUAGCCUGGCGCGGGUCGUGGCCUGAGAUUUACAAGAUGUCAAGACCACGGUCUCCUCACUACAGGAGGUUUCCAUGGGAGGAAGCCAGCUUUGAUUCUCAUAAAGUAAUUGCAGGCCUGGGCGGGAAUCCACAGGACAGAAGUCAUCGGCCCAGACACAAACCCGAAGAACACUGGGACUGUGUGAGGGAGGACCUGUACCCAGAGUCCCAGAGAAGAUCACCUCCUCUACGAGACGACCGCAAGCCCGGACACCAGCGACGUCCAGACAAGGACGAGUUCUACCAAAGGGCGACGCCGUCACCUCAUUAUGAAGGCACGAGUUUCGACGAACGGAGGCUUCCCCCGCUGAGAAACGCUGCAGGAGACGGAGACAAAUGCAGAGAGCAAUUGUGGUUGGUUAGGGAAAGACUGCCACAGGCGCCAAGGUCUCACUCUGACCAUCAACACAGAGAAGCAGGGAGGAACUGGAGCGAGGAACAGGGCCGAGGUCAAGGCAAGUUCAGGGACCUCAGUCCAGCGGUGAGAGGAGACGACCUUAGGGGAGCAGGUAGGGAACGAGGUAGGAGGAAUGCACAGUGUCCCAACAGAGAUCGACGAAGGGAGGAGCCACAUCAAGAGAGGAGCCCCGCCUUUAAGAAGCAAAGAAGAGAAACGGACGACACCAACAAUCACCUGGGGUACAGGAAUGAGGAGGACUUUCGGGAUCAGCAUUACUCCGUGGACAUGUCCAGAGAUAGGUUUGGAGGAGACGCUCACACAAGCAUGCAGCCCGUUAGGCCGCUGAUCAUUGAACAUGAUCACGGUAUUGUAGAGAGCAGGAAAUCACCACAGUGGGAACAGUUGGAUGAUCGCAGAGAUCUCAAUUUCAAUCGUCAAAGGGGUCCUCGUCCACUCCUGUCCUUACCGCAGCGUCUUAAGAAGCCAGAGAACCGCUCGGAUGAUCGAGAAGACGUGCAAGGACGCAAUUUUCAAGAAACCUGGAGAGAAUCCAAUCAUCUUGAGUCAAGGAGGAGCCCUGCGUUGAAUGAUAGAGCCAACGCCCUGGGACACGAGAAACGUGAUGGGUCUUUGAGCCACAGGUGGAGGGGAUCUUCUCAACCCCUAAGAGGGAGCUUGAACCGUGGACAAGAUGCAAGGACAACACCGCCACUCAGAAACCAACCGCGUUCACAGCAGUCGCCCCAGGUAUUCCAAGGUCUUCCCCGUGAAGAGCAAAGACCAGGGUACAGAGCGAUCAGAGAAGAUGGUUACGAUGAUCCCAUCGCAGUGGAGCAAGACCACACAGCAGUAGUCUGGCAACCUGACAGAUCCAGAAGUCUGGACCAACACUUUCAGAGGGAUGAUCUGGAUCCUAAAAUGCCCCGUGGAUGGUCUGAGAAGAGAAGCAACAGCAGCAACAUGGCCUCUGCUAAUGAGGAAACCUUGACCAUCAAAGUGGACAUGAGCCGACCUGUGAAGCAGAACAGCUCGCUGCUGUACUCUUCAGACAGGCAGCUCUCGUUGGACCUGGUCAAUGUGGGUCGCCAGCGUCUGGACUUCCUGCCCAUGUUGGAACAUUCGGGGACGUACAGAGAGACGGCCACGCACACAGGGACGUUUGCCCAGGAGAUCAUCACGCUGGUGCACCAUGUCAAAGAACAUUACUUCAGAGGCGACGACGUCACUCUGAACAAGCGUUUCUCGGCUCCUCAGAAAGGCGGCUACGCUGAAGAAGAGACGACGGAGCUGACACUGGACGAGAGGUUCAGUUCAAACCGAGGUUUCAGCCUCAAUAUCAACUCUCUGCUCGAUGAGGAGGAGGAGGAGCCUCUCUUCUCCAGGCUGGGAUCAGUACAGGGUUUGAACCAGCAGCCUGUGCGUGGCCCCGGGGACCUGAGGCACGACCUGGAGAGGAGGAGGCAGGAGAGACUAGAGGGGGUGAAGGUCACGAUACCAGGGGGCAGCAUGUCACAGCGCCUCCAUGGGCCUGUCAGUGAAGCAGCUGUGCAGUACAGUGACGACAUGUCUCCACUGGAAGACGAUGACGGUUUCUCCUCAUGGUCUGAGGAGCAGAGCAGGAGAGCAGAGGGAAACACUGUGGCUCAGAGACAAGGAGGACUUUUCUACAGACAGAACACAGGUUUCCAGCGCAGGAACAAUCGCACCGGGAACCGAUUUGGACCGGUGAGGCGACAGAGCAACAACCGUAACAUUAACACAGGUCCUCAGUGGUGAGCAGACAGAGGACAAAGUCACUGUAACAAGAUGAAGCUGUGAAUGAGCCUCUGCUGCGUUUACACCUUUAGUUUCUCUCUUCUCUCUCUGGUGUUUUUUUUUGUUCAACGUCCGUUUAAAAAAAGCGUGUCACACGUUUAAAAUCAGCGUUCAUCAGGCAAACACUGAUGUUUAAUGACAUCACUGUGUCUGUACAUCUACACACCUGUAGGUAGCGCUGUCGUCUUUGUUUCCAGUCACACGUUAGCAAAUUAAACAAUGGUCAACUUUCA